AUCUGUCGAUCAGCGUUCUGAUGUAAACAUCAGCUCUAACACAGAACCAAUUGUCUAACGUCGCUGCUGGACCUUGAUUACUCUUCAUCAUGACAACCCUCGAGCCUCGACCUCCGUACUCACAAGAUGAGAUCAAACAGUUAUACCCACUGCAAUUACGCCUUCAACACGUCCAGAUCCUCCUUCGACAUGGUGAGCGCACUCCGAUCAACGCUCGUUUCGCGUCUGCAGGUCUCGCAGCCUACUGGCCUUAUUGCUCAGCAGCUCGUCGUAUGACCAGCGCCAUUUUGGAUCCUUCUAUGCCCAGCUCCCAACUUGAUUCUGACUCAAAUCCUGGUAUCACUGCUCUCGAGUGGAAGCGACGGAUCGAGAAGAUGGGCCCUGAUGAUUCCCCCAUCAUAGCCACUGGCCAACAUGGCGAGCUCGAUGCCAUUUGCGAAAUGGGUAUGUUGACCGAUCGUGGGCGAGAAACUACCUACAAUCUUGGUCAACGCCUGCGACAUUUAUACGUCAACCAGCUUCGCUUUCUUCCGGAGACCCUCACUACCGACACUGAUACCGCUGCUAUAUACCUUCGAGCGACGCCUAUUCCUCGUGCUCUCGAAUCUCUACAGCAAGCUUUCUACGGCCUUUAUCCUCCAUCUACGCGUGGCUCUUAUCCUGGCAUGCAUCCCCCAACUAUCCUCACACGUUCGCCCGCUCAUGAAACCCUCUUCCCAAACGACGGUAACUGCCGCCGAUUCGCCACUCUUGCUCGCGCUUUUGCUGAACGCUGUGCCGAACGAUGGAAUGACUCCGAAGAGAUGGCAUAUCUAACCAAACGUCUCGGCCGCUGGAUGCCUGAAGAUAACCAACGUGUUGCUGUAAACUCCCGCCCUCGUCUGAGUGGGAUCAUGGAUACUAUCAAUUCCACAAAGGCUCAUGGCCCAGGUACUCGGCUUCCAAAGGAGUUUUAUGAUCCGGAGGUCAAGCGUAUCCUCGAAAAGAUUGGCGUAGAGGAAUGGUACGCUGGCUACAAGGAGAGCGAGGAGUAUCGAACGUUGGGUAUCGGUGCUUUACUCGGUGACGUGGUUUCUCGCAUGGUCGGCAGCGCCGAGCAUUCGACGGCGGAUGGCGAGUAUGAGCUAGCUACAAAUAAGCAAGGCUCGAUCACCAUACAUCCGUCUAUCAAAUUUGCAAUGAGUGGAUGUCAUGAUACUACACUUGCCGCCACACUUGCCAGCCUCGGAGCUUUCAACGAAGAAGCAUGGCCACCAUUCACCAGUCAUGUCGCAAUCGAGCUCUUUCGCCAUAUCGAUGCAGGCACCACGGCUCCCAAACCCGGCAGUGCGCUGUCUUUCGUAGGUUUGGGCAACAAAUCAACACCCGUAGCUGGAAUUCCACCACCAGGCAUUGGACGGAAGAAGAGCUCCGACCUGACCGAGGAGGAAAAAGAGCGACUCAAGGGCUACUACGUCCGUCUUCGCUACAAUGACCGUCCAGUCACAGUCCCUGGCUGCAAAUAUCAAGGCAAGCACCUCGAUGGUGAUGAGUCCUUCUGCACACUGGAAGCUUUCAAGGAAAUCGUGGACAAAUUCGUCCCGACGAAUUGGAGAAACCAGUGUCGUGCCAACAUGAGGGAAUCUGCUUUUCCUUCCAAGCCCGAACCUUCAGGUUACUAAAUGCAUAACAGCGGUGGGGUGAUUCAAGAUACAAAGAUGAUGUGAGCCUUAGAUUAGCCUUAGCGUUGGAGUUUCAGUGCUUUCGUUGCAGACUUAGGCAUUCGGCACAAAACGAAUUACAUAUUCAUGCGCAAGACGUGGCUGUCCUCAAGGAUAAGCUUAAUGUAACAUAUUUGCUAAAAACCCGUAUUGUUCUGUGAUCGUAUAAUCUGCGUUCAAGACUAUAGUGCUUAAACUAACCUAAGACUCCGUAGUAGACAUAAACGCAGGUGAUAUAUCCUCUCAUCCGUCCCAUGCAGAAUCCCAUCUUUGCAAACCGCGUCUCGUCUCAACCAUGAGCGCCCCCAUCUUAUCUAAGAGGGCGUAUUAAUCACGAAUUCUCGUUUCCGCUAACGCUCUCUCCCAACUGAGCAGAACAUAUGGACAACGACUUUCAAAGCAUAAAAAAAAUCAAGAUACACCAAAAGGGUAAAUUAUCAAUAAAAGAAAACAAAGAAUGAAGGUGUGUAAAGCCCAGGCAUCAAAGGAGGACGCCAUAAGCAGCGUCAAUUACAACGUUUAAGCAAGUGUUUUUUCGUCCAAUUUCGCAUGUGAUGAAAACAUAAAAAUGCACAAGCGUCAUUAGUUGGCAACCUCCUCUUCAACCCAUCCGUUCAGGCCUCCUUGAAUGGCAAGGCCGAAUCCUGACCCCAUGCCACCAUAGCUAGCUUGGUAGUGAUGGCCUCGUCGCUCAUUCUCAGCGGGCAUGCCGUUGGAGUUGCCACCAUUCUCGAAUCCAGGAGCAAGUACGGGGAGACUGACAGCCCUGCUGUGCUGGCCACGACCAGGGGCCAAGAGGCCACCGAUAGUGGUUGAACCGGGAGCCGCGCUGUUGGCUGGGUAGCCGUUUGAGAUGCUUGCUGACUGGCCGUGACCGGAAACGGGAACUUGCUGAGACAUGGCGAGAUCGAGGUCGCUAGGCGAGGGCUGUGCUGUGCCGAACAAAGCAUUCUGCUGAGCAGCGAUUUGUUGCUGCUGGUGAUGCUGCUGUUGCUGAGCUUGGUGGGACACUUGGCUCAGGUACAUCGUCAGAGGGUUGCUGUUGGCAUUGAAGAGAGCAGCUGACUGCUGAGGUGUGUUGCCGUUGGUAGGAGAGCCGCUGUUCUGGGAUCCGUUAGGCGGGGGGGAAGAGACACCGUCCCCUCGAGGUGACUGAGCCUGCUGCAUUUGGCGAGGGGGGUUACCGCAGCGGUCCUUGCCAAAGUUGACCUUGAACUUCCUGUAAUCUUCCCGACCCCGAAUAGCCUCGAUAGCCUUGAUAGCGUUGGCAAUGUUGGUGAAGUUGACGAAAGCACAGCUCUUUUCGCGCAAGGUGUUGACAAGUUCAAUCUCGCCAUACUCGGAGAAGUCCUGUCGCAGUCGCUCCUCAGUCCAGGUCUCAUCGAGAUUACCGAUGUAGACGUUUCGGGAAGCACCUCCGCUGACAGCCAGGGCAAUGGCUGGGGGAAGAGCUCCAGAAUGCUUGCCCCAGCCAAUCUUGAGACGUCGGUUGUGGAUCAUAAGACCUUGGAUGUUGCUGAGGGCGUAGAAAGAUGCAGCUGCGGUAGGGUCGAUGAAGGUAACAAAACAGAUAUGCUUGUCGGGGAUGUAACGGAUGUGAUGAAGAAGUCCGCCACGGACAACAUUACAAAUCUCCUCAAUCGUCGUCUCGGGGUGGAUGUUGCCCAGGUAGAUGGUUCGGUUACCGAGGUUGUUAAUACCACCAGCAGUCGUGGCGACAGCAGCGGCAGCAACAGACUGUUGAGCAAGGGCGUUCGAGAUCAAGUCGCGAUCAGCACCUGUCAGCAUGUGGGCGUACCCAGGAGCAAUACCCAAGUACUGAGCAGCGUUUUGUUGCUGCGUCUUGGAGACAUAGGCACAGC